UAAGAAGAAGGCCGUGUGGGGCUGAGGUGAGACGCCGGUGUCUGGGGUCAGGGGUAGGGCCAGUGAUCAGGAGCAGCCCCAGCACAGGGAGGGUUAAGCAUCCUCCCGGUUCCCACCCCGCUCUGGGCCCCUCCCAUGUGUUUACGUCCUCCCAAAAAUAUUCGGCCUCCAGCUGGCCUCCAUUCUCUAUCCUGCCCCUCCCCCUUGAGUUCGCCUUGGGGGACGAAGGGGGUUCCCAGGGCCCGGAGGGAGCCCGCAGGCUCAGAGUGCUGGGGGAGAAGCAGACCUGGAGAGGCUGAGGGCCCGGGUGACCGAGGUGACGCCAUGUGGCAGCUGCUGAUGUCUCUGGCCCUGUGGCUGGGCGCGGUGGGCUUGGGCAGAGCCGAGCUCACGGUGGCGCAGCAGCGGGGCCUGCAGGUGGCCCUGGAAGAAUUUCACAAGCACCCGCCCGUUCAGUGGGCCUUCAAGAAGACCAGCAUGGACAAUGCCACGGAAACGCCCUUCCCUGCAGGGACCUUUGUGAGGCUGGAAUUUAAGCUCCAGCAGACGAGCUGCCGGAAGAAGGACUGGAAAAAAGCGGAGUGCAAAAUCAAGCCCAACGGGAGGAAGCGGAAAUGCCUGGCCUGCAUCAAACUGAACGCUGCAGAUAAGGUCCUCGGCCGGAUGGUCCACUGCCCCAUACACACACAGGCUCACCGGGAGGCUGAGGAGCAGGAGGAGACUCAGUGUGACAGGGUGGCGCGUGCCGGCGAGGACCCCCACAGCUACUACUUCCCAGGACAGUUUGCCUUCUUCAAGGCCCUGCCCCCCAGCUGAGGCCUGAUGAAUUUUGUCCCGCUUCCCGGACAGCUGCAGGAGGUAACCAGUGACAGACCGACCUGCCGUCCCUGAGCCCAGGGAGGACAAUCCCAUUAUCCCCGAGCUAAUAAACCGCUCUCCCAGA